CGCCGUUUGCGCCUCCGCAGCGCUGCGGCGCCGUUCUCGGGGUGCGCGGCAGCGGCGCGCUCUGCGCUAGUGGCGUGGCGGCGGCGGGCAGGCGCGGCGGCGGCGGGGGCCGGGCAGGGCAGGGCAGGGCGGGCGGCGCCUCGCUAUGGCCCUGGGUGCCGGCGCCGCGUCGGGGCGCGGGAGGCGGUGGCGGCGGGCGGCGUGACUCCGCCGGGGGGCGGCCGUGCUGCAUGGGGGCGGGGGCCGGCCGCCAUGGAGGGAGUGCUGUACAAGUGGACCAACUACCUGAGUGGCUGGCAGCCUCGAUGGUUUCUUCUCUGUGGUGGCAUCCUGUCCUAUUACGACUCUCAGGAAGAUGCCUGGAAGGGCUGUAAGGGAAGCAUCCAAAUGGCCGUGUGUGAAAUUCAAGUUCAUCCUGCAGAUAACACACGAAUGGACCUGAUCAUCCCAGGGGAGCAAUACUUCUAUCUGAAGGCAAGAAACGCAGUUGAAAGGCAAAAGUGGCUGGUUGCACUGGGAACUGCGAAAGCCUGUCUGACUGACAGCAGGACGCAGAAGGAAAAAGAGUUCACUGAAAACACAGAAGCCUUGAAGACUAAAAUGUCUGAACUUAGACUGUACUGUAACCUCCUUGUUCAACAAGUACAUAAAACGAAGGAAGCCAGCAUUUCUGGUGUAUCGGAAUCAGAGAGCGAGAUUGAUAUGGGAGCUCUGUUAAAAUCAACCUGCGACACCUUCCUGAAGACUCUUGAAGAAUGUAUGCAGAUUGCGAAUACUGCCUUCACUUCUGAGUUACUGCAUCAGACCCCGCCGGGAUCCCCCCAUUUAGCAGUUCUCAGAACGAACAAGAUAAAGCACUCUGUCUUGCCCAGUCACUCCUCAACGGAAAGGCAGAUGGAAAUGAACCCAUGUGAAAAUGGCUCUGUAAAAGCAGAAAUCAACCAUCAAGAGCAAACCCUUAUUAAAAGUCUGGAAUGUUUAAACCUGGAAACAAAUGAGGGGAGCAAUGAUGUUUCUGUUGAAGAUCACAUAGCAGAGGAUUUGGCAGGCAUUAAAGAAGGUGGAGAGAACGAGCUGCAAGCUGUAGGAAGCUGUGGUGCCCACAAGUUGCUGCAGUUGGAGACAAAUUCUUUAAGUGGAUUGACUCUGUGUGAAGAAGACAGAAAUGAAAACGAUUCUCCUACCUUCUUCAGUGUCAUGAGCAAUAGGUUCAGUGAUAUUGAACUUCGGGAGGAGGAGGGCAUACCGACAGAAGAGUUUCUGGAGUCAUGUUACGCGAUUGUGCCCGUUCUGGACAAGCUGGGACCAACUGUUUUUGCUCCUGUUAAAAUGGAUUUUGUAGGUAACAUCAAGAAAAUAAACCAGAAAUUUAUAACCAACAAAGAAGAGUUUGAUACCCUUCAGAAGAUAGUGCUCCAUGAAGUGAAUGCAGGUGUAGCACAAGUUAGAAACUCUGCUACGGAGGCUCUGCUGUGGCUGAAAAGAGGCUUAAAGUUCUUGAAAGGUUUUUUGACAGAAGUGAAGAACGGGGAAAAGAAUAUCCAGACAGCUCUGAACAAUGCUUAUGGAAAGACAUUACGGCAGCACCAUGGCUGGGUUGUCCGCGGAGUCUUUGCGUUAGCUUUAAGGGCAGCUCCAACAUACGAAGACUUUGUGGCGGCUCUGUCUGUAGAGGAGUGCGAUCCUCAGGAAGAAACAUUUUACAAAGGAAUGCAGAGGGACCUCAACAUUUACCUACCAGCCAUGGAAAAGCAGCUAAAUAUCUUGGACACUCUCUAUGAAGUACAUGGUUUGGAGUCAGAUGAGGUGGUAUGACUACAGCAAGACCGCAUCUAAAACUUCAGGGACUGUGUCUGUUAACAAAGAUUUCUUUCGUUUUGGGUUUUUUGGACAUCGUUUCUGUUCAUUGUAUCUUUUCAGGUGGGAAGGGUGUUGUGAGUGUUUUUGGGGCAGGGUAUGUAUGUGGGGGUUUUUAUGCUUGUUUUAUGUUUAAAUGCAGAGGUACUGUUUCUCUUUGGGUCAUAACUAUGUCCACGAUGAAUGUUUUUGACUGUUUAUCUCCUGCCUGUGCACUUCCUCUUCUCUUCACCUCAUAAACGUAACGGAGCAGGAUUUGGCCUUUGCUCCCGUACCUUUGGAGAGAGCUGUGCCUGCAGCGGAGCCGCUGGGACCUCAGCGCGGUGCCCAGCUGGGUGCUGCCGGCUCUGGCUCUCCUGUGCCCUGUGCCUGCUCCCUGCGAGGCUGUAGGAGGACAAAGGUAGUAAAAGUUACUAUUACCUUGGUAGCAGAAGAGAAGAGAAGCUAAAUGCCAGCUUAUAAGGUACGCAGGGAGUUUGUCCCUUAAUUUGGGUUGAAGCUUUUUAAUGCAGCACCUCCCCAGAUAGUACAGAGAUCUUCACCGCAGGCACGUGGUGGUCUGAGCUUCCCCAGGAGCCAGUCUUUGAAACUGGGCGUCGUGUUCCCUGACCAGCUCCCAGUUUGUGCCACUAUUCUCCCUAUGAGCUCCUGCCAGUGGACCACCAGAAAUUUGCUGGCACAGGCUGGCAGAGCCCAGCUACUUUCCACAGUGCUUUACAGAAGCAAUCGGAGAUUAUGUCCAUCAUCCUGGUUUUGAUGGGUUUUUCUAUUUUGAGCUUCGGGUUUUCUUAAAUCAGAUUCACACAGAAAUGUAACGUUUGCUUUUCAAUGGAAUACAGCUAGUACUUUUUAAUAAGCAGAUAUGAUUAAAAUGCUUCCUAGGCUGCCACUAUGGACAGAGACUUCAUGGGAGUAGACGUGAAAUACGUGAAGUGUAGGGGAAGCUAGAAUGUGUCACACGCCAUUACACAUCGGGCCAGUUAUAAAUUUUACAAUCUGAAAUGAUGUACAAGUGACUGGAAAUUAAGAAAGUAAAAUUUGCCCUUUUUCCCGUUUUGCUGACACAGAUAAAAAUGUGCUCCUUAACAUGGCUCAUAUUGAAAAUAAUAAAGUCCUUUUAGCCAGUGGUGUGGUUAAGGACAAAAUUCCUAGUUGUGUUGAUGGCUGGAAGGCUGCCUGUGAGUCACGGACUGCCCAUGCAAGGCAUCAGCAGGUCUCUCAGCGGCGACCUAGGGCUUUAGAUGGCUUUGUGCAGAGAGUUGAGUUUAACUCGUGCAGGAGGAGAGAAGACUGUGCUAAUGAGGUAUUUUAGAAUUAGUAAAUCUUCAUAAUCACAGGAGAAGUCAGUGUUGCCAUGUUCAGAGGAGAAGCACUGGCUUUUGCUAGGCUAAAAGCCACGCUGUCAGUAGCGUGAAUGUACUGCAGACCUGCUGCCCUGCAUCGCUCUGGCGGGAGCCUCUCCGCACCCCAAAUACUCGAUCCUUCCUAAAGAGCCUAGCAUUGUGAGCUUUAAGAAGAGCAUAUGAUGCUUGAAGAACAGACCAAACAUCACACUUGGUGUGUAAAGCAAGAUACUAGGAGUCUGGUAAGGCAUUUAAACAGCGUGGCUUCCUUGUUCCUGUCAUCUUUUCUGAGCUGUGCCUGUCUGUAGUUCUUACAUACUCCAGGAGGAGUCGGAAGGAUGUGGGGGGUUUGGUUUUUUUGAUUUUCUUAAUUUAAGUAGUAUAUAUUUAUGUUUGAGUACAAAGUCACAACUUUUGACCAAAGCUCCAUUCAACUAUCUCGCUACUCACAGCGCUAAAAACAAAGCGGAGAGCCUUUUGGGAUUUGGCUGUCUGCUGCUUCUAAACAUGAGUGCAGAGAAGUUACACGUGUAGUAGAACAGCCAGCUCUCCACCCUGUGCAGUUUCCUCCAGAUUUUCAGCUAUUAUGUGGGAAACCACUGUAAUAGUUUUUAGCUGAGUGCGCUGGGAAGGUAACGGAGACCACAUUUCCACAAAACACAGCUGGUGUAGGGGAGAGCAGGAAGAGAUUCCUCUUCGCUGGAAAUUAACUGUCAGAUCAUGAUGAAAAUUUACUUCCCUUUUUGCUCUAGGUUUUUCCAGUAGGAGGAAAGCGUAUUCAGUACUUAAAGUCUUGGAUGUUAUUUUUGGAUAUUUUGGUUGGUUGGUUUGGUUUUUUAACUAGCAGGAGAACCACUAGUUUGUUAGUAGGGCAUCAGACCCAGUGUUUGAUGCAAAAAAAUUAGGAGGCUUUAUUUCGUAGUCAGAGAAAUAGCUUCAUUGGACCAUUAGCUUCGGCAAUUACUAACUUCUACCAUUCUUCUGACAAGAGUGGUCCACAUUGUGUACCCUCUAAUCAGCGUGGCAUUCUGCCUCAGAGCAAGCUUUCUCGUCUUGCUGUUCUGGGUGAAGUUGGUCUUUCUGAACUCUGGAACUGGUGCUUGAGAAUGUUCUUAGGAGACCGUGGCUUCAGGACAACCCCGUGUGCUUGUUGUUAAACAGGGGGCUUGUACGGAAGGAACUGAGCGAGGGCUCCUUGCCUUCGAAACUUGUCCUCACCAUGCACUGCUUUUGCAGAGCGCUGAGCACUUCGAAGUCUUACGAAUGCGAUCUUUCCAGUCAAACCACCACUGGGAUAGAAACCCGUGCAGCAUGCUGCAGAGCUGAAAUCCAAGUUAUACCUCUAAGGAUGCAACAGACCAGAUGACCAAGUGGAAGCAGAUACACUGCUAGACAAUUGACCGCUUCCUUUUCCUGUGAUGUCAGUUUGGCAGACAGAGAGGAUUGCUUUUGAUUUGAAUAAUUGUAGAGAAAAAACAACUUAACUUUUGGCCUUCAAAUUUAGAAUUGGAGAGAAGGUCGGUGUUUUCCGUUUGAUUUGAUUGGUUAGGGUUAGUUUGUUUUUUUAAUUUGAUGGCUGACAUUUAUGAGCAACUGCUCUGCGUACGGAUAGAGGUCCUUGUGACUCUCAGAUGAUAGCACCCUUGCUCUGUGUAAUUUACAUGAACUGCUUUGGUUUCUUGAACCGCACCAGUCUAAAGUUUUGUGUCCCUUUCCUUUAGAAAUGCUUUCGGCUGUUUCCUUCAAUGUCUGACAGUUGCAUAUUCUCAGGGAUUUUACGUAGCCAUGGCAAAAGAAGAGUCAUCGCAGCCUUACCCUAGGGUAAGGGGAUUAAGGCUGCUUUUUGUGAAACCGGUACGGCUGUGUGUAGAACUGAUACAGCAUGACACUGACAGUGUCUAUCCAGCGUGCAUCCUUGCUGAGACAUGGUAAAUCCCAAAGCAAUCUGAUAGAAGUGUUAUCUAGUACUGAAUGAUGGCAGUCAGCAUCUUGGAAUAGAGAUCGUACACACAUCUUUGCUCUAACGCCAACGGCACUAUAUUACAGAGCUCUCAAUUUCAGUCGAGUUCUGCUUAGCAAUGGGAGGCUUUUAUUUAUUUUAUUUAUUUUGUUGUUUGUUUUUUUUUUUAAACUGUGUUCUGGAGCCCCCUCUGCUAUUUUAAGACACCAUACUCAGUUGCAGAUGGAAGUUCUGUGAUGCUACAAUUGUAGAAUAUGAACUGAAUACUCAAGUGCUUUAGUGUUUACGCUAAACAUCCCACCUAGAUGCUGUUGUAAUAUGGAUCUCCCUUUAACAGAUGCACUUAAAGUUAAGGGGCAUAUAGCUUCACUUACAAUCUUGCAUCAUCAGGAUUUAGGUUAGAGCUGUUUGAAAAGUGUCACUUGGUUGGCUGGAUGUAUAAAAAAUAUGCCCAAAAUGUGCUCCAGUUGUUUGCAGUGUGCUUUGGCAAACAGGUGUGGAACAUUAUAGAAAUCAGCGUUAACUAUGUCUGUAUGCUGGACCUUCUGAACCUUUCUUUUCAUUAGCACUUCAGCUUUUGUGAAAAACUUUAGGGAACCUUGAACUGCCUUUUAGGCACCAGAGAAGAUAAUCAGCGCAUUCCUACCUGCCUCUCUUUCCCUCUUCCCCAACCUGGUCCCACCUCUUCCUUUCCUCCCAUUGUCCUCUGCUUUGCUACCAGAGCUGUCGCUGCCAAGUCUCAGCAUCCCUCCACAAGGGAACAAAGCAGGAGCUUUUGUAAGCGAUAUAAAUGUAAACUUGGGAAAUGAGACCUAAAUUCCUUGGCAGGCAACCGAACAUACAGUCAGGUGGAGAAUGUGCUGCUUUUCUCUGAAGUUUCUCCCUUGUUUGACAUAACUUUGCCAGGAAAACCACACCACUUUGAACUUCUAAUUUCACCGAUGAAAUUUAAAUUGGGACACUUGAGACUUGGCAGUUCUAUCUCUUACAAGUGAAAGCACAGGGAUUUUUUUUUAUUUAUUUAAUGGACUUAUUUCUUUUCACUUGCCUGCAUAGUGCAGAUAAGAAAACAAAAAGAGAAUGGUGGGAAUGACUGAAUUCAAGCCUCUCUGCUACCUUCUAUAGCCCCUUGGUGACCAAACCCUGUAAAGUACCACAUGCUUCAAGCAAUAUAUAAUCACUCUCGUGCAGAAGGGGUAUCAUAGUGCACUUGCUCGCUCUGAGCACACACAGGCAGUAGUUGAUCCUACUCACAGUUCACACGAGGAUUUAAGCCCUUGCUUUGAAGUUAGAACACAGGCAUAUGCUUCACUUAAACCCACGUGCCCACUGGCAUGCAGUUCUUCAAAAAUGUGGUCUCUGACUGUCAUUUUUAAUAUCCCUUUCUUGGUAUAGAUUUUCACCCCUCAUACUCCAGAUGUUAGAGGUAGAUUUUUUUUUUUAAAUAUAUGAAACUUCCUUGGUUUCAUAUCCAGAUUUCUGCUUAACGCUAAGUUUGUGAACUUUAUUUUGCAUUGCAGCAUUCAAGGGGUCCAAAACUUAAUUUCUUUAAUUAAAGCCAUCUUGAAAGUUUGAGAUUUAUGUCUACUUGAAGCUAAACAAGUAAAUUGCAUUCCAGGAUACAGUGACUAAACUGAAAACCAAAGCAGCUUGCUUUUGUAGUUUCCUUUUUUAUUUUCUUUUCUCAAGGCAAUUUUGGGCAUGUGUUUUAUCAGUCAAGCUGAGCUUACUACAAGCCUUAUUUAUACAUACAUACUGAAAUACACUUAAAGAUGAAGAGAAGGUAUAUUGCCUCACACUUUAAAUUUACUUAAUUCUAAGGGCUUGCUCAUGCCCCAAAAAUCACCUCUUCCAGUGUAAGCAUUGCAUAAAUUGUGCUGUCAUAAGCAGUUCAGUCUGAAAUACUUUGAAGUUUCCAGUCUGCGUCAUCUCUCAAACCAUACCCCUCUCUCUUCUUUUGGAACAUUAAGACCUUUGUCAGAUUUUUAUAUUAUUUCAUUAUAAUAAACUUGUUUUAAAUAAGCAUGUUCUAAAAUCUCACUUUCUCCUUGCAUGGAUUUUGUUUCUUUUACUACAGCAGAGGGCUUAAAGUGCUCUUCAGGACCGCAUCUGUUCUAGGCGCUGUGUGAACAGUCAAAACCAGUAUGUUUCUGGUUGACAGAAACAACCUGUAUGUAUCUUUGUAUGAAGAAUGUUAACACACAUGGAGCCUGUUUAGAUCAUGAGAAUAAAAGCUGUGUCUGGCA